ACAACCCACCCGUCCGUCCCCCGCCGGAAAAUUGUGAAUGGUACGCUCCGUUGCCAAGGUGCUUGUGGAAGCCAGUUCGCUUCGCUUCAAUUUAGCACGCCUGCCGUCAACCGUUCGCUAAACUAAGUUGUCGCUGAAGGCAAAGAUGGGACAGAAGAAGAAUUUUGAAAUUAACUUUGGCACCCGGCGUCCAAUUGACUUACGAGGAUAAAUCAUCAUCUACAAUCUUGGCUUUUUCCCCCUCUCCAACUACGGAAGCCAAGUUCCAUCCCUGCCAGAUGCAGCUCCAUAUAACCUAAUGUGUCACCAUGGACCACAAAGAGGUGCAUACGGAAUUGGACCCGAUAUCCGCACGGCUACAGCAGGAUGGUUUGCCUCCGGGGGCCAGUCCGGAGGAGCGCCAGCACCACCUUUGGCGGCGGCUCCUCGACACCGAAGCGGCGCUGCAGCUGUCCGCCCAGGAGCUGUGUAAUUUGCGCUCGCAACAGGCCAACGAGAUGAAGGAGGUGGACAGCUAUGUAGCGCAUAUCCGCGGCCUGCUGCAACAGCGCGAGUGCGUAACUGCUGAAUAUAAGAGAGACAAUGAGCAACUGCAACAAGAGCUCCACCGUAUCAGACAGCAACAAGAGAUUCAGAGCAAAGAGAUGGCGGAGAUGUUGGCCCAGGAAGACCUUGGGGAGAUGGGCCUGAGCAGCCCCAGCGAGCAGGUGGCUUAUCUACUAGUAGAGAGGGCAACACUCCUGGAGAGGCUCGAGGCUGCCGAGAGAAGACUGGAGCGGCAGAACUUUUCUGGCAACGUAAAGGAUGUCCAGUUACAGGGCUCAUCCCAGACUCCAUGGAAGAAGCUGUUUGGGCUCCGCAGGUCUGCUCAGAACAAAAACAAUAUUACCCCUGCACACAGUGAAGAGCUGUCCCGCGAGCAAAAUGAACGCCGGCGGCUGGAGCGCGACUUGGAGGAGGCCUCGAGCAGGCUGGAAAUGGCUCAUCAAGAAAUCCGAAGGCUCAACAAUGAGAUGGAUGUGGCUAAAAGCAACAGCCUAGACCCAUGCGGGUCUGAGCUUCAGGAAACACUCCAAGAACUCGACAUUCUCAAGAAAGAAGUGGACAAACUAAAGCAGUGCGAUAUGAUGAAGCUGCAGCGGGCCGAAGAGGAAAGUGGCAGACUAGAUGCUGACAACCGAAGUUUGAGGGAGCUGGUGUGCUCUUUAGAGUCUCAGAAGAAAAUUCUUCUCGAGCAGUUGGAAACAAGGGACAUAGACCAAGAUUCUUCCCUGAAAGUGGAUGAGAGGCAAGACAACAAUUGCAGCGAACGACCCAACAUGUCAACGAACGAAUCCGAUCCGACACACAAACGCUGUCAUGCAGCGAUUGAGGACAGACUGGUUCAGGUGAGAGAGCUGGAGCGUCAACUCCAAAGGCUGCGCAAGGAGCAGGAGGAGCUGGAGGAGAGGAACGAGGAACUGGAGGCUCUCCUCGGCGAGGCCCAGAAUGCCAGCAAGGAGGAGAGGCUUCGCCACGACGGAGAACUGGAGGGGCUCCAUCGAAGGAUCAAAAACCUUGAGGGAGAGCUGAAGAAGCAGGAAACUCAAGAGAAGUUGUUAAAGAAUGGCGAAGAGGUCAAAACCACGGAGUCCUUCUUGCAGCGGCACCUACGGGACAGUGGCCCAGAGAGAAUGGCUUUGCUGGAAGCUCGUCUGACCGAGGAAAAGGACUGGAGGAAACAACUCGAGCUCGACCUCAGUGCUGCUCAGACUGCCCUAAAAAAAGACAAGGAGGCUUUGCAGAUCGGUGAGAGGGAGCUGAAGAAGCUCAGACUUGAGGUCAACAGUCUCACGACUGAAUGCCAACAAGGGAAAACCCUCAUCAAGGGUCUCAACCAAGUCAAGGGCGAAAAGGCUGUUCUGGAGGAGAAGUUAGCCCAGAUGGAGCGAGCUCACCGUCGACUCCAGAGUGAGUUGGAGUGUCGCAAAGACAGUAAUCACAGCCAAAAAAACCUUCGGGAUAACAGAAUUCAGGUGGAUCAACUGCAAGAGCAGGCUGACCGACUGACCAAAGAACUAAUCGGCCUUCAGACAGAAAACAACACACUCAGGAAUGAGAUGUCCUCUGAGCGGCGGCAGACCGUUGAGCUGCAGGUCAAACUGAGCGACAGCAUCCGGGAGAAGCUGGAGGUUGAGGGAAAAAGAGAGAAACUGGAGCUCGAGAUACAACGCCUCAAAGAACAGCUGCAGCAGCAGCAGGGAAAAUGCUGUUUGGCUAAUGAAGCACUUCAGUUCGAGUCAGGCUUAGGUCCAGCAGAGAAGAUCAGCCAAAAAUGCUUGGAUCAGUCCCUGGACAUAGUCCUCAGUCAGAGGACAGAAGAGGCUAAACAAUUGAAGCAUGACCUGCAAAGGGUACAGAGCCUCUUCAGCUCCGCAGAACGAGAACUGCGCUAUGAAAAGGAGAAGAACACAGACCUGAAGAGACACAACACCCUGCUGGACAAUGAAAAACAUAAGCUUUCUGCAGAGCUGAAGCAGGCGCAGACCAAGAUGGCCCAGAUUGAGCAAAGUCUCCACACUCAGAUGGCCGGUUCAGAACAUCAGCAACAAAAAAUCAGAGAGCUGGAGCUGGAGCUGGCACGCAACUUAGCCACCCGCAGCGUCGCCAACAGUCUGCAAGAGGAGUUGCAGGCCGAGAGGGCCAGGGUCAUCACUGCUGACAAAAAGGUUGUGGAGCUGCAGCAACAGCUCAAGACGACACAACACCAGCUGCGCAUGGAGGAAGCUCGGUCCAGCGAGAGCAGCCGCCUGGAACGGGACAGCAAAGAUUUGUCUGACACUUUGUCCACUUUGAGAGCCCAGCAGCAGGAGGACCACAUCAAAAGGAAGCUCUUAGAGCAGCGUGAGGAGGAGCUCCAGCACCAGGUUCGUUCUCUGAGAUUGAAAGAGGCCUCGCUCUCCAGAACCAAUGCCGAGCUCAGCCACCAAGCACAACAGAUGGAGUCAGAACUUAAUAAGGCCCGAGAGGAGAUAAGAGAUGAUCAAGCCUCUUGUCGCAGACUGAAGGAUGAUCUAGCGGCCAGUCAGCUCGAUUGUGACAGAAUGCAGGGAGAGCUCAAGCAGGUGUUCGUCCAGCUGAAUACAUACGUCAGGAAGUACAAUGAAAAGCAGAGUCGACACAAGACCAAACUACAUCAGGCCAAGCAGAUCUUUGUCCAAGCAACCGCGCAACGGGACAACGCCAUCCAGAAACUGGAGAAUGACUUAGCCCUGGCCGCCGGUCUCUUGAACAAGGAAAAGGAGAGCACCCAUAAUGUGAUGGAGGAAAAUGAGAAGCUUCUGGAGGAGAAAAGGACGCUGUUGUUGAAGAUAAGCGAGGCGGAGGAGAUGGGCAGCAAUGGCAUGAGGGCAGCUUCCACUGUCCAACACAGGGUCAUUGUCUUAGAAGCAGAAAACAGGCGCCUACAGGAUCAAACUUUGAAGCUGUCCAAUCAGGUCAGUGCCUUGGAGCGUGCCUUGAGGAACGCCCGGUCCUUCAACGGCAAUGAGAAUUCCAAGAAAACUCUUCGUGACGGCAUCAUUGAAACAUCGAAUUUAAGCCUCACAUCCGGUACUUAUGACCCCUGGGACUUGUUGGAAGCCAUCUCCCGCAGCAAGUUGGAGCACGUGUCGGACGGCACGCGAGCGUCUGUAUCCGCGCAGCAGCCGCCAGAACAAGGCUACCUGAACCUUGUUUCGCCACUCUUUCCGCCUGACACAACCGUGGAGAGUCCAAAUAGCAGUGAGGACGCGUGACAGGCAGCGGAACCUGACAACGAAAAGGCAAAUGGUAAAAAAUAUAUUUGAAAUGAAAAGACUAAUAAUAAUAAUAAUA